UCUCCUUACAGAAAACGUUACUAUUACGAUAUAAAUAAAGAUCUAGACUUUAUGUACUGCAGUGGACGUUCCUUAAGCUGAAUUUUGGGAUUCAGUCCGUGUGUUUACGAGUUAAGUCAGUACUGUAGACGUUGUGUUGCGUAGGGAUUGUCUGAAGGAUAGAAACAGGGAGGAAAAAAACAGUUAGGAAGCGAUGGCUUUAUGGAGAAAAAUUUAAUCCUGUAGAUUGACGCAAUGACAUAAUCCGUUCCUGUCAAUCAAACCUUUGUACGAGUCUUGUGAAUGUGUGUGACCGUGUGUGCGUGUGUGUGACUGCAGAAAUCCAAGUCCAAGAGACAGAAUAAGAUUAGACAGAUUGAGAUAAUAUCCUGGAAGACAGUUCACAGAGCCAUUAUGGAUUAAAUUCUUUCCUCCUCAUUAUGAAGCACUGUCCCGACGAGCACGAGAGUUAAUCCCAGAUUUAAAAAUAAUAAUAAUCUCAUGUCUGCACAAUCCACACGAAAUUUUACACUCACACAGUCGUCUCCAAGCGCAGCUUUUUAUCUGAGAUACACAGGAGCAAACACGACAUUUCCUAAAGGCUUGAACAACCUGUGCUCAGAGCUGGUGUGUGUGUGUGUGUGUGUGUGUGUGUGUGUGUGUGUGUGUGUGCAGAUGUUGAGACAGCUCAGGAUUCAGGAUUAACAACAAAAUGCAUCCGCUCCUGUUCAUCUCCCUCUGCCUCAGUGUGUGUGGUUCUGUACUGGGUUCUGUGGUUCCUCCAUCAUGUGUCUCUGUGUAUCGAGGCUUCGCUCAGUGUUUGGUGUCUCUGGGAGACGACGUGAACAGCCAAACUGACAACGACCCCGACAUCGACUCCAUCUGCAGAUCCUGGGGCGUCUUCGAGCGGUGUGUGAGCAGCGUGCUGUCCGAUUGUCGCGGUAACGCGGCAGAGCUCUGGGAGUCUUUAAAGGCGGAGUCUCGGAGGACGCAGUUCUCAGGGAACCUUUAUGAAAUGUGUUCCGGCCGCACCUCGGCAUCUCCUCAGACCCCGCCCACUACCGAUCAGACCAAUCAGGAGUCUCUGAAAGGCCGCGGUGUGAGCAGUGACCACGCCCUGUGUUCUGCAUGCUUGCUCCUCGGUGUGUCCUGUGUACUGAUUUGGUUUAUUUAGGUGACGUCACAAUGGCUCAUAUUUAAAAUGACGUAUUUUAAACGCUGGUGAAAAUGAUUCAGAAUUGUUGUAUUAAUUCAUUUUGCUCUGCAGUCAGUAUUUAGUAGAUUCCUUUAAGCUGAUGAUUGUGUUUUAUUUUUUUUUUUUUAAAUCCUGUGUAUUUCAAGUUAUUCGUGGUGAUUUGUCAUAAAAGAACACUUAUUUAAAAACACUUCAGUGAAUAAGCAUCAUCAUCAGUUCAGCUCCUCAAUCGGGCUUUAUUUAU